GCGGCGCGUUGCGACAUGGAGGGCGCGAUGGCAGUGCGGGUGACGGCCGCGCAUACGGCAGGCGCCCGGGCCGCAGCCGGGCGGGGAGCUGGCGAGGGCGGGGUCGCGGCGGCGGCGGCCGGGACUGCCGGCGGCUUCCUCGGUCUGCCCGCGGCCUUCAGCGAGGAAGAUGAGGACGAUGUGCACAGAUGUGGCCGCUGCCAGGCGGAGUUCACCGCCCUGGAGGACUUUGUGCAGCACAAGCUUCAGAAGGGCUGCCAGCGGGCCCCUCAGGAGGCCCUGCCCGCCACCCCUGUGCCGCCUGGGCUGCUGGGCCAAGAGUGGCAGCGGCAGCAGGAGGAGGCACGCCGGGACAGGCCCAUGAAGCUGAUUCCCUGUGACACAGGCAGGCAGAGGGCAGGCAUCCGCUCCUGGGUGGUGCCAGCAGCUGCAGACCCGGAGGAGCCCAUCGCUGUGGCCCACAUCGUGGUGGAGGCGCCUGACCUUGUGGGGAGCGGAGACAUCAAGGAAGUCAUUGUGGGCGCCAAGGUGGAGCCAGGGGACAACGAGAUGGCGGAGGCCCCGAGCAGCCCUCAGCACCAGGGGCCCGGGCCAGCGCGGGAGGCCGAGCAGGCCCCGGUGAAGCUGCUGGUGAACAAGGAGGGCCGCUACGUGUGCCUGCUGUGCCACAAGACCUUCAAGACGGGCAGCAUCCUCAAGGCCCACAUGGUCACCCACAGCAGCCGCAAGGACCACGAGUGCAAGCUGUGCGGCGCCUGCUUCCGCACCAAGGGCUCCCUCAUCCGCCACCACCGGCGGCACACGGACGAGCGCCCGUACAAGUGCGCCAAGUGCGGGAAGAGCUUCCGGGAAUCGGGCGCACUGACCCGGCACCUCAAGUCUCUCACCCCCUGCACGGAGAAGAUCCGCUUCGGCCUGAGCAAGGACUCGGCCAGCCGGGAGGAGGUGUCUGCAGCCAAUGGCGCCACCACCGUGGGGGCCAUGACAUCAUCCUCAGUGACAGGCGAGCCUGUGGAGGCGUCCCCUGUGAUCCACCUGGUAACAGACGCCAAGGGCACCGUCAUCCAUGAAGUCCACGUGCAGAUGCAGGAGCUGCCCCUGGGCGUGAAAGGCCUGGCCCCAGAGCCCCCCGACCCCGAGGAGCUGCCCUGUUCGGGGGAAGGCAGCCGGGAGAACCUGCUUCGCCAGGCCAUGCGGAACUCGGGCAUCGUGCUGGAGCGUGCUGGGGAGGAGGGGGCCUUGGAGCCAGCCCCUGCCGCCGAGCCCCACCCCCUGCCCCUGGGAGCUACCACCCCGGGGCUGCCACUGCUGGAUGUGGAGCAGGUGGAAACAGUAGGUGGCGGGUGGCCUCCUCGGGAAGGGCCCUCCGCUGGGCCCCAAGCUACGCCUGCUGCGCUGGCCCCUGCACACCCACCCCGCCCGGUUGUCCUGGGGCCGCAGUGGGCACUCUGUCCCCAGCAGGUGGCUGGCGAGGGCUCCCCUGUGCCCCGGAACCACCCAUGCCCCCAGUGCAGUGAGACCUUCCCCACAGCGGCCACCUUGGAGGCCCACAAGCGGGACCACGCAGGGCCGCGGCUGUUCCCAUGUGCGCAGUGCGGCAAGGCCUUCCCCAAGGCCUACCUGCUCCGGAAGCACCAAGAGGUGCACGUGCACGAGCGCCGCUUCCGCUGCGGGGACUGUGGGAAGCUCUACAAGACCAUCGCUCACGUGCGCGGCCACCGGCGUGUCCACUCUGACGAGCGGCCCUACCCCUGCCCCGAGUGUGGCAAGCGCUAUAAGACCAAGAACGCACAGCAGGUGCACUUCCGGACGCACCUGGAAGAGAAGCCACACGUGUGUCCAUUCUGCAGCCGGGGCUUCCGGGAGAAGGGCUCGCUGGUGCGGCACGUGCGCCACCAUACGGGCGAGAAGCCCUUCAAGUGUUACAAGUGCGGCCGCGGCUUCGCCGAGCACGGCACGCUCAACCGGCACCUGCGCACCAAAGGGGGCUGCCUGCUGGAGGUGGAGGAGCUGCUGGUGGCGGAGGAGAGUCCGGCCGUGCUGGCGGACGACCCGCACACCGUGCUGGUGGAGUUUUCGUCCAUGGUGGCCGACACGCAGGAGUACAUCAUCGAGGCUGCCUCAGACAACGCAGAGGCUGGCGAGGCAGCAGAGCUCAUCGAGGGUGCCCCAGCGGAGGUGGACAGCCACAUCAUGAAGGUGGUGCAGCAGAUCGUGCACCAGGCCGGCGCCGGGCACCAGAUCAUCGUGCAGAAUGUGACGGUGGACCAGGAGGCGGGACUGGGCGCCGAGGCAGCCGCUGCAGACACCAUCACCAUCGCCACCCCCGAGAGCCUGACGGAGCAGGUGGCCAUGACGCUCGCCUCGGCCAUCAGCGAGGGCACUGUGCUCACGGCCCGCGCUGGCAGGGACUGUGCCGAGCAGGCCACGGUGACCAUGGUGUCGUCUGAGGACAUUGAGAUCCUGGAGCAUGCGGGCGAACUGGUCAUUGCCUCCCCAGAGGGCCAGCUGGAGAGCCUCAAAUACCUGGAGGCUAGUUUGUGGCAGAACAGCUGUCCCCAGGCCAGGAGCACAUCUGUCGGGAGUCUCCCAGCCUCACCUCCACAUCCAUACUCCCAGAUCCGAGCUCACAGGGUGGAUCGUGUCUGCCGCCCCCAGCCCGCCUGUGCCAUGGGAACACCCAGGACCCUGCUGGUGGCUCUCUGGCUGCUGGGGGCCGCGGCGGCCACUGGGCUGCGCAUCGGGGCCUUCAACAUCCAGAGCUUCAGCGACAACAAGGUGUCCAACCCAACCUGCAGCGACGUCAUCCCGCAGAUCCUGGCUGGCUACGACAUCGUCCUGGUGCAGGAGGUGCGGGACCCCGACCUGAGCGCUGUGACCCAGCUCAUGGAGCAGCUCAACAGUGCGUCGGAGCAGGCGUUCGGCUUCCUGAGCAGCGAGCCCCUGGGCCGGGAUCACUACAAGGAGAUGUACCUGUUCGUGUACAGGAAGGACACUGUGUCUGUGGUGGACACCUACCAGUACCCCGACCCCCAGGACGCCUUCAGCCGGGAACCCUUCGUGGUCAAGUUCUCCACCCCCAGCUCCGCCGCCCAGGAGCUGGUGCUGGUGCCUCUGCAUGCCGCCCCGCACCAGGCUGUGGCCGAGAUUGACGCACUCUAUGACGUGUACCUGGACCUGAUCGACAAGUGGGGCACUGACGACCUGGUGUUCCUGGGCGACUUCAACGCAGACUGCAGCUAUGUGCGCCCCCACGACUGGGCGGCCAUCCGCCUGCGCACCAGCGAGGUCUUCAAGUGGCUCAUCCCUGAUAGCGCGGACACCACAGUGGGCAACUCGGACUGUGCCUAUGACCGCAUUGUGGUCUCCGGGGCACACCUGCGCAGGAGCCUGAAGGCCCAGUCUGCAGGAGUGCGCAACUUCCAGGAGGAGUUUGGCUUGGACCAGGCUCAGGCUCUGGCCAUCAGUGACCACUUCCCUGUGGAGGUGACCUUCAAGUCCCAUUGAGGGUCAGGAGGCCGUGGCGCAAGUGACCAGUUCUGGGUCUUCCACCACCUUCUAGGCAGCUACGGGGCACAGGGCACAUCCAGUGUGGUCCCCAGCCAGCCCCUUCCCUCCCCACCCUGCCUGCCCCUCAAGACCCUCCACUACCCCAAAAGCUCAUCCCCAGGUGGCUGUGGACAAGCCCAGUCACCC